AUGAUCAAAUAUUUAACAGAGAAGUAUAAUUUCACCCCAAGUGAAGACCAGCUCUGGAGCCAAACGCAGAAAUGGAGCUUACAGAGGAAUUUCAAGAGAAGCCUCCAAGUAAUGGCAAUGGCGAAAGCUGAAGAGCAGGGAACGAGACCGACAGGAGUCUUAAUAGGCGACCGAUGGAUUUCUACAAAGAGGCUGAAAAAGACAGCUACAGCUAUGGCGAGGGAGCAGAAGCGGAAGACCAACCAGAACGCAGCUGCUGGACCUUCAGAAACCAAUUCUGGAAAGAUGGAACGACUAAAACGGAUGACCAGGGGCCAGGAUAAUCCUGGCGAGGUUGGUCAUUUAUCUGAUCCGUGA